AUGUUUAGAUUUGCUCAACAAUCACAAGUUAUUAAGAGUAGGAUCUCUAACCAAUUUGUUUCUGCAUCCACUAGAAAUUCUUUCAACCACUCUAUUAGAUUCAACAGUGCAGUUUCCCUAGAGAGACAAGAUUCUUCUACUGGAUCCAAUGCUAAUAUCAUUUCAGGUUCAAGUAAGGCAUCAGUUGCUGCCGAUAGAGUACGUCAUAUGAGAAAUCAAUUAAAUGCUUCAAACCCAACUUCCUCAAAUCUGAAAGAAAAAUACAAUAAGAAGAAUUCAAAUAUUAACUCCUCCCAAAUAAAUAUUGAUUCACCAUGGUACAAUCAAGUUUGUGCAUUCGACGACUGUGUUUCUUCAACUCUAAACAUGUCCCAAACACCUAGAAGAAAGAACAUGGGCCAAUCAACUUCUCAUCCUGAUGCUAAUGCAAACCCAUUGUUCUGGGAUUCUAUCGCAAAGUCAAUGAAAUUAUACCAUGAUUUAGUCGAAAAUAGUGUUCCUGAAUUAAAUCCAACACGUACUUCUAAAUUAGUUCAUUUAUUACACAAUGGGUUAAGAGCCAAUAGAAAUCAACUAACUAGAAUGAACAAGAAACCAGAUUAUGAUUCACAAUCAUUCCAUAAGGAAAUGACCAACUAUUUGUGUCAAUCAUUAAGAGAAAUUUCUCAAGAUGUAUUGGGUGGCAAAGUUUCUUUAAAUGAAUAUGGUGCAAUGCACUUAAUUACAGCUUUCAAAGAAUUGCUAUUGUUUGAAGAAGCUGUAAAUAUUUGGAAAGCUGCCAUCAGUGCUGAAUCUACAACUUAUACUUCAACUAUCUUCUUAAACCCAAGAGUUGUUGGUGUUAUUUUACCAAUGUUGUAUGACAACGGAGUUCCAUUUGAAGAAAUUAAGGCAUUAUAUGAAAAGUCAGCUUCAAUGAUCGAUUUCUUCCAUCCAAACUUAUCAGUUGGUAUGAUCAGAGCUUCUUUGGCCGCUGGUGAAAACGAGAUGGCAUUGAUCUUAUUCCAAAGAUUAUGUGAGGAAGCUACUGAAAACAGAUAUGGUUAUUUAAUUGAGACUCAUUUAUCCUUUAUCGGUGAAUGUAGGGAUUUAAAUGUCGCCCAAAGCUUUUUCGAUAAAGCUUUGAAUAACGAAAUGCCAUAUAAAAUCGAUUUACAAGUAUCCUACGUUAAAUCAUUCUUAAGAAACAUUUGGAGCGAAACAGGUGAUUUCCAAAAGGUUUACAAUAUUUGGUAUAAAUCGUCAGCUCAUUAUGGUAGAAAUGUUAAUCACGGUAUUUCUUCAUCAUUAAAUGACACAUUCUUUGAUAUAUUCUUUGAAAAAUAUGCUGACAACAAAAUGGAAGGUUUCCAAGUUUUGCAAAACAUCAUUCAGACUUACAAUAGUAUUAAACCAAUUGACGAACCAUUCUUCAAUAUUAUCUUAACUAAAUGUACAGUCUGGAGAGACAGAGCCAUUAUUAAUUACAUUGAUAGUGCAUAUGAUUUAUAUCACAUUCCAAAAACUAUUGUUGCAUACAGAAUCUUAUUGAAGAUUAUGGGUUCCAUUGAUGAUGUCACUAAUGAGGAGAUUUUAUCUAGAUGGACCACAUUAAUCCUGAAAUCUGAUGACAUUGGUCAGCGUUUCAUUGCGAAUGCUGAUUGGGCUGCCUUAAGAGAUGCUACUAUUACUUGGACUCAACACCAACUAGAUAAAAAUACACGCUCUAGGGCUUCUACUCCUGUUAGUUUGGCAUCAUCUUCUACUGAUUUAUUCGGUAUGAAUCAUGAAUUGGAUCUUUCCCAUCCAGCAUUACAAGCAGCUAACGCAUCUGGUGCAUUCGAUGAAAUUGCACAUGAUGAGCAAAACACUGGUGAACACGCCGGCUCUGCUAACGAAAAUUCUGAUUUAGAAAGAAGAGUGGAAUUAUAUUUAAAGAUUGUCAAACGUUACUCUAUUUACUGUCGUGAUUCAAGACAAUUAUCCAGAUUAACAUCUGGUACUGCUAUAAAGUACUCUGUUCUAGAAAAACAUUUGAAGAGUUUUGGUAAUUUAGAUGCCAGUGAUAUUAAUAUUCCAGAAUUGCAUAACUUGAUUAACAAUUCUGCAUGA